CAGCUCUGACCGUCACGCGCUGACCGGARGUAGCUCUCUCGGAUCUCAGGCUCCAAACUGUGGGUGUUUUUCCCUCAGUUUUGACUCCAGGUUUGCUGUACUUUGAGGCAGGUAACAGAAGAGGAAGGUUGGUUUUAGCCGCUGCUAGCAUCUUUUGGUCCAGAUAUUGAACCGUCCGAUGCAGGCUAUUAAGUGCGUGGUUGUGGGGGACGGGGCUGUGGGUAAAACAUGUCUACUCAUCAGCUACACCACCAAUGCCUUCCCUGGAGAAUACAUCCCCACAGUCUUCGACAACUACUCUGCCAACGUGAUGGUGGAUGGGAAACCAGUGAAUCUGGGUCUGUGGGACACUGCGGGACAGGAGGACUACGACAGACUAAGACCCCUGUCCUACCCGCAGACAGACGUGUUCCUAAUUUGUUUUUCACUCGUCAGUCCAGCUUCGUUUGAAAACCUUCGUGCCAAGUGGUAUCCAGAGGUGAGACAUCACUGUCCCAAGACGCCUAUAAUCCUGGUUGGUACAAAGCUGGACUUGAGGGACGACAAGGACACCAUCGAAAAGCUCAAAGAGAAAAAACUUUCUCCCAUCAUUUAUCCUCAGGGCUUGGCCAUGGCGAAAGAAAUAGGUGCAGUGAAAUAUCUGGAGUGCUCAGCUUUGACGCAGCGCGGCCUUAAGACGGUGUUUGAUGAAGCCAUCAGGGCGGUCCUGUGCCCCCAACCUCUUAAAAAACCCAGGAGGAGGAAGUGCAUCGUAUUGUAAUGGAGGUCCACAGCAGUGAGAAGACACUGCUGCAUACAGAGCUUUUUUUUUUUAAUCCCAUAAGCCCCUUUCACACUUUGAAGCUGAGCCUGGGAUGCUUCCUGUCUGGCAGAGUAAAGGCUGAAACGCCUCUGAACCAGGUAGUCACAGAGUGGAGUCAGCAGGUGUGUGUGUAGCAGUUCAGGUGACAGUGUGUCGCUGACUGGUGGUUCACUGAUGGUAGUUUCACAUUAUUUUGAGACUCGACCUGCUUGAUUGGUUCAUGCGUGAACGACCAAAUCAUCUUUGAAGCCAAGUUGUUGAAGCAGAGUGUGAACGGGGCUGAGGAGGCUGCCGUAGAGCAGACCUCCRUCUGAAAAGAUCCAAACUAGAAGUUUUUAUCACAAACUUCAUUUCAGGUUUUUGAAUAGUUUUUUUUUUAAUAAGGUCCCUCUCGUUUCUGUAUUUUGGACAUGUGUACACCUCUAUUUGUGACACAUUUACAGUUAAAUGGAAAUACAAAUGUGAUGAGAGUUUAAUUAAAUCGACAUUUUAACACCAGUCAGUAGUACUGAAGGAAAGUGUUCACAUUUUCUACAUUUUUUAUUGUCUUGUUGAUUUUCAUGUAUUUUUUAGCUGUAUAGGAAUAAUCUGUGGUUAAAGUAACAUUCAGACAUCAGAACACUGGUUACCAUAUGAAGGUUUAAAAAUGACGAGGGGAGUUUGUUCAGUUUAGUCAAUAAAUUUAUUAUACAGCUCAUAUUUAAAUGUCAUUUCAAUCUCUUGUUUUUUCCAGAUAAGUGUUAUUGGAAAUAUGCAGCUUUGUGAGUUUAGGGAGGAUUAAAGGAGCCCACUUUCUUCA